UAUCCCUGUUAAGCUAGCAGUAGUGCCUCCCCUGUUUCCUCUCGUCUCAUCGCCAUACUCUUUCUAUUUCUUUUUCUAGGCCUUGAGCCCUUGCCGUCGUCACCUCCUCCAAGCCACCAACUCUAUUCUUCUCUCGCCCGCCCCUCAAGCUUGCGCACCUCUUCUGCUGCUGGUGUUCUGUCGCUUCUCACUCGCCGCCGCUUGCCCAGCAGUUGCUCCGUCCUUUCUAGCAGAUCCUGACUUUGAAUAUGGACGAUGCAACGUGAGAGUUUCAUCACUCUUCAGCACUUGUUAUCAUAUCUUGCUAUCCUUUAUUGAGUUGUUAAGUUUAGUAGAUUGUGCCAAGUCUUAGACCUUGCCCGUAAAGUCGCUGUUCACUCUGGCCUCGUCACUCUGCAAUCCAUCAACAGGAGCUAAGCUACAUGAGGAGCUCAAAUACUACUAACAAAUACAUUCGUGCCGACUUACAGAAGGCGGCAGAAGAAGGCAAUCUUGAUCCAUUGAUCAAGGAGCAUGGAUCGACUCUUGAUAGCCUGGAGACCCCAAAUAAAAAUACAAUAUUGCAUAUUUACCUUACCUCUCAAAGUGAAAGAUCCUCCGAAUUUGUAAAAGAUGUACUUGGCAUUUGUUCGUCACUGUUACUGAAGGUCAAUGUCAACGGCGAUACUCCAUUGCACAUUGCAGCAAGAUACGGACAUGCUGACGCAGCAAAAGAGUUAAUCGCAGAGGCUUCACUACAUGGUGAAAUAGAUAUAGAGCGCGGAGAAGGGCCAAGAGACGGGGUAAGGAAAAUGUUAAGGAUGACAAAUAAAAAUAAAGAAACGGCCUUGCAUGUAGCGGCACGAUAUGAAAGAAGUCUUGGUGUUGUGGAAGCAAUAUUGAGUAAUGAAGAUCCAGAUUAUACAUAUUCUGCCAAUGAUUGUGGGGAAACUCCGCUUUACCUGGCUGCUGAUAAUGGAUGUGAAGAGAUAGUCCUUGAACUACUAAGAAAUCCCAAUUCAAAAUCACUGACUUAUAUCGGCCCCAGUGGUAAAACGGCAUUACAUGCGGUGGCAAUGAACUGGGACAUUAAUCGGAAAAGUAAAGUGAUUAUAGACAAGCUAUUGGAUAAAUGGAGUAGCUUGGCUAAAGAUACAGAUGAAGAAGGAUGGAUUCCACUUCACUAUGCUGCAUAUAAGCAUCGUACUAAAGUGGUCACAAAGCUACUGGAAAGGGAUGAAUCUAGUGCUUAUGUUGCAGAUAAAUACUGGAAGAGGACAGCUCUUCACAUUGCAGCCUGUAGAGGCUACACAAAUACGAUGGAAGAGAUCAUUUCUAAAUGCCCAAAUUGCUGUGAACUUACUGACAUUAGAGGCUGGAAUGUUCUUCAUUAUGCAGUGAUCAGCAAAAAAAAUGAAAUAAUAAAAGCAGUGCUCAAACAUUCAUCAUUGUUUUACCUUCUAGAUGAAAAAGAUGUUAAAGGGAAUACGCCUGUCCAUCUAUAUAGGACUUAUCAUCCUGAUUACGACCAUCUGCCUUCUUUCAUAAAGGGAGGAGAUAUUGAUAUGUUCAAGUGUUGGAAAAAACUGCACAACGAAGUUCAAUUCAGAGGAAACUUAUCCUCAAAGAAGAAUGACAAUUUAAAAUGGAUGAAAGACCUUGGCGGUGGACCAUUGGGGAAAAUGGUAAGAAAAUCCAAGGAAGAGAAAGAGGAACAAGAAGAAAGGAGAAAAAAAAACAUGGUACUUAAAUUUGAAAAAGUCAAAGACUCUCAUUUGGUGGCUGCAACACUCAUAGCAACGGUAACUUUUGCCGCAGGUUUCACUUUGCCUGGUGGUAAUAUCAGUGAAGAAAACGAUUUGAAGAAGGGGAGUCCUAUCCUAGGCAAAAAUUUGGCUUUUAAAGCAUUUAUGAUAUCAGAUACUAUAGCUAUGGUUUUAUCUACUUGCUCUGUCUUUAUUCACCUUAUGCUGGUGGUCGUGGGAUAUCGGAAAAGAUACUAUUGGUUAAUAAGAUGUGCUUUCAGUUUCCUCUUCUAUGCUAUGGUAGCAAUGGUGAUUACAUUUGUGACAGGCACUUAUGCAGUUCUAACGCCUUCCUUUAGAAUUGUCAUUUGUGUCGUUGGAUUGAGCUUCUUCUUCUUCUUAUUUUAUUUCAUGAUAAGGGUAUCAUGGAAUUUAAUUUCUUUGGAUGACGACGAUGAUGACAAGGACAAUGGUGAUGGUAUUACUUCUAAGGAUCAAGCCGCAAUUUUGUCAUGGGUGACUGGCGGAAUCUCUUCUUUGCUUUCCUUUAUCAGAAUUCCGCAUUUGAUUAAAAAGACUAAGGAUUUGCUAAAGAAGCAGUCAAUCAAUUCGUCAGGAAAAAUGAUGUUUUUGAGGGACUAAAAAAGAAAUUUUAUCAAUGAGGAGUGAUUCCUAUAGCCAAAGAUAUCAAAAACAAAGCUUGAAAGUUGAAAAAUGCAAGGUGGCCAAAAUAUGCAUAACCUGCUGCAUAAGUUGUGCAGUUCUGCACAGGAAGAAGAAGCAAACUCCUAAACCUGCUGAAAUCUGCAUAACUACUCUGCAUGACUUAUGCAAGUUCACGUCCUGCUUAUGCAGCUUCAAGGAAAACUGCAUAACUUAUGCAGUCUUGCACUUUGCUUAUGUAGUUUCAAGGAGGAAACAAUCAAGAUAGCCGAAAUCUGCAUAAGCUAUUGCAUAACUUUUGUAGAUCCAUUCUUUACUUAUGCAGCUUCACGUAGAGAG